UAUAACAGAGUCCAAGAUCGCCGGGAAGAACGACGCCUCCACUGUGAAAGCACCCUCUGAGAUGGCCGAGAAGAGCAGAGUCCUGGUGAUCGGAGGCACCGGACGCAUCGGAAAGUUCAUCGUGGAAGCAAGUGCUAAGUUUGGUCACCCUACCUUCGCUCUCGUGAGGGAGUCCACUCUCUCCGACCCAGCCGAGGCCAACAUUGCUGAAGGUUUCAAGAGCUUAGGCGUCAAUUUAGUUCACGGAGACAUAUACGAUCAAGAGAGUCUGUUGACUGCGAUUAAGCAGGUUGAUGUGGUAAUCUCUGCUGUGGGGCCAACACAGGUAGAGAUCCAAGAUAGGAUUGUUGCAGCCAUCAAAACAGCCGGGAAUAUCAAGAGAUUCUUGCCUUCAGAGUUUGGAAAUGAUGCGGAUUGUGGCCAUGCUGUGGAGCCAGCAAAAACUGUAUAUGCUAUCAAGGGCAAGAUCCGCCGCCUUAUUGAGGCUGAGGGAAUCCCUUAUACAUAUGUGGUUUCUAACUAUUUUGCAGGUGACUAUCUUAGGACAUUGUCACAGCUCGGGGCUACAGCUCCCCCUAGAGAUAAAGUUGUCAUCUUAGGGGAUGGAAAUGUAAAAGCGGUAUUUAACAAGGAGGAUGACAUUGGCACCUAUACCAUUAAAGCCGUGGAUGAUCCAAGGACCUUGAACAAAAUUCUGUACAUCAAACCUCCUGCCAACAUCUACUCUUUUAAUGAGCUUGUGUCACUGUGGGAGAGAAAGAUCGGCAAGACCCUGGAGAGGGUGUAUGUUCCAGAUGAGGAUAUUUUGAAGAAUAUUCAAGAGGCGGCGGCUCCGCUCAAUCAUGCAUUGGCAGUAUUCCAUGCUGUUUUCGUGAAAGGAGACCAAACCAACUUCGAGAUUGAGCCAUCAUUCGGAGUGGAAGCUUCAGAGCUCUACCCUGAUGUCAAGUACACGACUGUGGAUCAGUAUCUGGAUCAAUUUGUUUGAUUAUCGAACCCAACCGUGCUUGUUAAAUUUCUCACAUCGGCUUGAAUCAUAAAUAAAAUAGGAUGCUACUUCUCAGGAUCCUAGUGUGAAAUGUUGCUUCUGCUGAUCAUCACAUGGCAUGUACAACCCCAAAGUUUGAGGACAUCCUAUGAAGUGCUCGGAGAAAUUACUUAUGUUUUGGAGAUUGAUAUUGGAUUCAUGGGCCAACCCGAGCUAACACAAAGACAUGGGUUUUUCUAUUUUUGUGUAUCGUAUUGUCUUUCAUGUCUAAAUGAUUCACGGAUGACCACUAUCGUGAAGUCAGAUACUUAACGUGUUAGCAAGGAUGAAUUUCCGUCGU